AUGGGAGCGGACGUCAACGUGAAAGCCAGUGGUUUCAUCAAACUGGUGACGGAUAUUUCACCACACAGACACUCCCCAACGUUUUGUCUUGUCCAAACAUGCUAUGACAUUCACGGAAAGACUCCACUGAUAUUAGCAGCUGAGGGAGGGCAUUUCGACAUUAUUCGCCUUCUCUUGCAAAAGCCUGAUGUCAACAUAUCUGCUGCAGCUUUUGGUUUGACAGCCACUCAUUAUGCAGCACUGAAAGGACACCACCGUGUCCUUGAACUGCUUCUCUCAUACGGUCCGCUUUCAACCGACUGGUGCUCAGCAGGCCGAACGCCGCUGCAUCUUGCCGCCGCCAAUGGCUAUGAGAAAGCUGUUUCUUUACUGCUGGACAAGUUGCGUCAACGCUUAUUCCACAGAUCCAUGUGGCCUCACCGCACUUCAUUUAGCCGCCAGAAAGGGACAUGCAAGGACUGUGAAGACUCUCUUGAUGCACAGUGUCGCCGACAUCAAUGCGAAGGAUAG